AUGAAGACAGCGAUCAUGCAAAUGGACCGGCAGUGGUAUGGUCCUCCUGUGUUCUGGUCAAGGGACUACGCCGCAGGCACCUGGCACCCAACAACCAGCCUUCCCACGCCCUGCAGCCUCCCAACUCCAACUAAGGCUUCCACAGAAGAGGUCCCCGAACCUAACAGUCCACAAUCGCACCCUCAGAACCCAGCAACCGACCAGGUGCUUGAUCAAACUGAAAUGAAGAUUCGCAAGUCCAUGGUGCUGGUGGAUGUUGACAUACCAUUGGUAGCCCUCUCUGAUGGUGUUCACUCCAAGAGUUUUGCUGGUAGCGGUGUUGUUGUCCACCAUUCAGACAAGCUGGGGCUGGUGCUGGUUGACAGAAACACGGUUGCCAUUGGGCCCUGCGAUGUGAUGCUAUCUUUUGGGGCAUACCCUGCAGAAGUCUCUGGGAUAGUCAGGUUCCUGCAUCCACUCCACAACUUUGCGAUCGUUUCCUACGACCCGUCUGACCUCCCUGUCGAGGCAAGGCGAGAGAUCCGUGCUGCUGAGAUCCUCCCUGCCCCAACACUGAAGCGUGGCGACCAGGUCGUGCUGGUAGGCCUUACGGAGUCCCUGCGAGUGAUGAAGCGGAGCUCCAUCGUGACCAAUGCCACCCUGGCCUUGGGCAUCCCCUGUGCAGAAGUUCCACGUUUCAGGGCGGUGCACGAGGAGGUCCUCAAGCUGGAUCAGGAUUUCGGCAGCCGGUUUUCGGGGUUGAUCACCGAUGGGGAGGGGAGGGUCAGGGCACUCUGGGGUUCCUAUGCAGAGCAG